UCCUCCAAAGAGUUAAUAGUCAAUUCAAGAUGGCGCAGCCUUACGUGAAACAAUACGGUUAUGGUUUGAGUUUAUUUCGCGGAUAAACUCCCUUCCCAAAAGGGGUUUGAGAAUGAAAAUAAAUAACUGAAUGAAUCUAUGUUCACAAAAAAAAAGACAAACUAAAUCGACGUUUAGUAUAUUUUGCCAGUCACAAAAUACCGAAGCGGAAGUGUUUAAGACGGAGCUCUCUUGCUUCCUCCCCUCGCUCGAGUGUGCUCUGAUUUUCAGCCGCGAAUAUUUAAAAAUGGCGUCCCGGGGAAUGUCUAUUUCCAAAGCCGCCAACAAACCAAAGAAAAGUACGUUGCUUUCCGACGCCCUCAAACUCGCAAACAGCACAUUCGAAACGCGAACUUUAGACUCCACCUUGGUCGGAGAAAGCAGCCAAGCGGAAGAAGACGAUGACGGGCCGGCGGUGUUCGUCUGCGGGAAAUGCAGGCUGCCUGUCGGGGACUCCAUGUCGUGGGAUGGAGCCGAGGACCAACACUGUCAAAUACGCUUAAAAAGGACCACUGACAAUGUUUUCAUCGGAAAUGACUCUCGGCUGCAUGAAGCCAGCAAAGGUUAUCUCUGUAUCGUCAAGGAUCUGGUGUGCCGGGGCUGCCACUCGGUGCUGGGCAUGGUCUACUCCUCCACCCCCAAGAGGCUGGACAGCAAGAGAUUCACUUUCUGUUUCAACGUGGCCGACAUCGAAAGCUACGUGCUGGGCUCAGCCAGCCAGAUGUUGGCAGCCGAGGACCCCAAGGAGCAGCCGGUGACCGUGGAGUACAAAGGCCGUGUUGAGAAGCAGAUGUGUGAGAUGAAGGAGCUGGUGGUCUCCAUGGCUCAGAAGUUGGAGGAGCUGGAGUUCGGCGGUCAGGAGGCGUGACGCAAAUAUCGUGCACCUUCCUCCAUGCCCCCGUCCAAACAAAGACAGUCUGGCCCCGCCCCGGCUCGCUCCUCGCCAUCAAUCACCCUGUCAGCAAAAGCGGGAGGGG